AUGAUCUAUAAUCUGUGGCCAUAGAUAAUAGAUCUACAAAGGGUAUGUCUGUUAUAUACCCUUUGUAUAUCUAUUAUCUAUGGUUGUGUACAAUAUGACAACAGUACAAUCAAUUUGAGGUUUAGUGUAGUUUUUGUGUUUUUUUCAAAAUUUGCAUUGUGUGAACAAAUGGAACAGUGAAAUAGAACAUGAACGAAAAGCAAAACUUAAAAGAAGAAAAACAUCACAAACAACAAGAGUUUUGUUACACGAGACCCGCUUAUAGAGCCAGUCGAAGAUUAACUGCUGUUAAAGUGUAUACUGCUGCUGCAGAAUCUCAACAUCUUUUUAUUUAUAAUGUUCCAAAAAUAAACCUUAGAGCUGAACUAAAAAACUUAUGUUCAAAAUAUGGGCAAAUAUUGUUAAUUAACGUUGUACCUGAUUAUAAAACUGAAUUAUUCACCGAAUGCUAUCAUGUUCAAUUUGAUAGAAUUCAAGCUGCAAAGAUUGCUAAGCGUUUAAUAGACAACAAGUCAUUUUAUGGGCAAGUGCUUCAUGUUUGCUAUGCACCUGAAUAUGAAAACAUUGCUGAAACUCAAGCUAAAUUAGAUCAAAGGAGAAGGGAUGUUUUGAAACGUAUUGAAAAUCCAAACAGAUUACCGUUUGAUCAAAGGACACUUGGAGAUGAUGUAAACUUCAUGACCAUAAGUAAGUCGCAGUUACAGAAGAAAAGAAAAUAUGAAGAUUUAGGUAAUGGGAAUGCUUCAAGUGAUAAUAAUACUGAAGAAUUUUUAAAGGAUUUUUACUCCAUUUAUGAUAAUAAGAGUAAGAAGAAUAAAACUUAAAUAGAUUUAAAAUGACAUCAGC